GCCCGGUUGUCAUUCCCAGAGGAAGAAGAGGGUGUGAUCGACUUUUACCUGUCCGGUAUUUUUUACCUGGCGCUCCCAUCGUGACUACAUGUCGGCCGUCGAGUUUCAUUUUGCUGUAGAUCGUUAAACACUGGCUUCACUCAGGAGUAAAGCGGAGAAGGCAUUAAAGGAUGCUAAGAAGAUCCUGACUCGUGGCCCCAACAUGAGUGUGACAUCAUGGUUCCUGGUCAGCAGCUCGGGCACACGCCACCGGUUGCCACGGGAGAUGAUCUUUGUCGGCCGGGAUGAUUGCGAGCUAAUGCUGCAGUCUCGCAGUGUGGACAAACAGCACGCCGUGAUCAACUAUGACCCAAACACAGACGAGCACAUGGUGAAGGACCUGGGCAGUUUGAACGGGACAUUCGUGAAUGACCUAAGAAUCCCAGACCAGACGUACAUCACCCUGAAGCUCUCAGAUGUUAUUCGAUUUGGCUAUGAUGCUCAUGUAUAUAUCCUGGAGAAGAGUCAACACAAGGUCCCAGAGGAAGCUCUUAAACAUGAGAAGUACACCAGCCAGUUGCAGCUAAGCAUAAAAGCCCUGGAGGCCAAGGCAAAGGAAAAACAUCAGCUCCAGAGCUCAGAGAAGAGCAAAGACUCUAUUUCCAAUGUCAAACUGCAGGACAGGGCUGAGCGAAGAGCCCACUCGCUCACAGCUGCCACAGAUUCUCCGAUAUCCAAGCCUACUCCUCUGUAUGGCCAACCGUCGUGGUGGGGGGAGGAUGAGGACCCAGCCAACAAAAAGCAGGGCAGAGGUGGAAAAUCGCCAGAGCAGGAGUCUCCAGAGCCUGGUAAAGACGUGUCCAAAUAUGAGGUCAACGGUUCUCUGUCUGACAGUCAGGCCAAGUCCAUCUUCUCUUACCGCCGGGAGCCCAGCUACUUUGAGAUCCCAACAAAGGAGUUCCAGCAGCGACCUGCCAAAAAGCCUGAGUCGCAAGUUCACGAGGUUCCCACAAAGGACACCCCCGAUCCCAGACAGUGUGUCCCCUCCACCCCCACACCUCCCGUGGUCCAAAGCCAUGCCUCCUUCACUAUUGAGUUUGAUGAGUGCACACCAGGUAAAAUGAAGAUCAAGGACCACGUGACAAAGUUUUCUUUCCGCCAGCAGCGAAAGCUACCCUCCACAGAGGUUGCUACCGCACCCACCGAAGUAAUGUCAGUAGAAAGCAAAGUUGCUGAUUGGCUGGUCCAAAGCAAUGCUAGCAUGAUGAGGAGGAGGUCGCAGGCUGAUGACAUGUACAGCACAAGCAGUGACCCAUCACUUCUGAAGACCACCAAGCCAAACCACCGUGAAGAUGGCACUCACAGUGAUUCAGGGGAUCCUGGUAUCAAUGGAAAUGAUUUCCUCCAAUCAGAAUCUCAGAUUGGGUCCCAGGCGUCUCCACAACCCUCAAGAACCCCCCCACAGCGCUUCGCUUCCCCUGGCUCUGAGGAGCCCUUGUCCUACUCUCCUCAAGAAUCGCAGUCCCUUUCCAGUCUUGGCAAGGCUGAACCUCACCAGGCUUUUGUCAUUGAAUUUUUUGAUGAUAGCCCAAAAAAGAAGCGAUCCCAGUCCUUCACCAAUAACACUACCCCACCUGAGCCCUCAAGCCUCAGGGUGCAGCUAGAGAAGGCAAGAAAGAGUUCAAGCCCAAACGGGGAGAGACAAGUCCAAUCUUCAGCCUCCACCACUCCCCCAUCUCAACGAUACACCGUCCCCCUGAAGGGCCCUGCUUCCACAGGUCCGCAGAGAGCUGGCUCUCUACGAAGGGAGAAGACAGAGGACCGAAUCAGCACCAGCUUCUCCUCCCGCUCUUCAUCUUCUGUCUCUGUAAGGCCCUUUAGCAGCGUGGGCCGGAGAUCCAAACUCGCCCAGGAAUUUACCACUGAAUUUCUCAAACAAGCAAAGCAGGCCUCUUCUGCCAGCUGGGAGAAAAAUACAUCUAGUUCACCUAUAGCAGCUAAAACAGAGACAGUGGUGAGAUCACAGUCUAGUCCCCCUCCACCUAACGCUCCCUACCAGCCCCAGACUUCCUCUCCCAUCCACAAGCCUGUUCCCCUCAAGGCCCCUGUUAUGACCCUGGCAUCUCACAGUGAAAUCAAGAGCCCCCUUGUCGGCCUCAGAAAUGAAGAGGAGGACAGUCUGAGUGAUGCAGGGACCUACACCAUUGAGGCAGAUGUCCAAGAUAAAGAGCUGGAAGAGGCACGCAGCAAGAUUGACCAGGUGUUUGGUGUUGUUGGGAGCCCAGAGCGAACCAACCAGAGUGAAGCAGAAACACCAUCAGCAUUUAGGCCUGUUAUUGUUCAGGGCAGGGAGCAGCAUAGGCAGAGUAGCAGUGGGCAGGUUCAGUCAGCAGGUGCAGUGUUACAGGGGGCUCCUAAGUGGAUGUCUUGUUGGGCCAGCUUGGCAGACAGCUACACAGAAUCUGGCCCUUCGUCUGGCCUCUUUGACAUCCCUGCCCAGAUGGAUGCGUCAGGAGGGGCACGAGGUACGAUCAUCCACAAGGCCACGCUCACCCGAAACCAUGACAGUACAGACUUGAGAGCUCGACGCAUCCUGCCCCAGGUACCGGUGGGGGAGAAGAGUGACAUUCCAACUCCCAGCAUUCAUGUUCAUUAUGACCCGCAUUCGACAUUUGAUGUAGGAGAGAAUAGCUUGGUGGCCCCCGGGUCUCAGGAUGACAUUCACAGGUUGUCAGUGCAGGACGACGUGGAGCCUGACAGCCUGAGCGACGCCAGCAAGUCCGAUGAUGGUUCUAUCAUAGAGCAGAGGAGGAGGCCGCUGUCAGACACGGAAGAGAGGAGAAAUAAGGAGAAGGCCAGACUCCCAGCCAAGUCUGCAUCAUUCUACAUCGAGUCAGAGGAGGCUGUGUCCAAACCAGAGUGUGGAGAUGCAAAACCCGGCACUCCCAAGACCGAGAGAAAACAUGGGACCAAAACUUUCUCAACGGCCACCCUGACCAAACAGAGAGGUAACCAGGACUCUGAAGGAAAAAUGAAGCCCAGUGUGUCCGCUCCUGUCCUGGACCAAGGAGCACAGAGUCCAGAGUCCAAAGAGGGCACAGUGUCUUCAUUAAUCAGACAAGAGAGCUUCACCAAGGACCGGCCCAGCAAUGCCAGAUUGCCCAACAUCUCUAGCCAGCCUUCUCAGAAGGACACAGACCCUGUAUUAUUCCAGGGAGUUUGCAAUCAGGACACCCACUCUUACCUCAAACAGACAGAGGAUGUUCUGGCCGUUCUGGAGGCCAAACUCCAAGCAGGACAGUCAGAAACCACUCCGUCUCCAAUAAUGGACUCUCUUUCUGGGGAAUCUGAUGUGGACACGUCCAGCACAGUCAGCCAGCAUAGCAGUAAGACCAAGCCAAACACACUGACGAAAAAACCCUCUGUUAGUGGCCUCCAUAGGGAAAGGUCUUCAGCUAGUGCAGCCAGUCAGGAUUCAAAUCACCAGUCCACGUCGUCAGAAAAGCGCCGUUCUCAGGGAGCAGACAGCAACAACAAAACCGAGUCUGUCAAGAGGCCAGUUGGUCUGAGACGUAGUGUCGGGAAAUGUGGUUCCACAGAUCUAAGUGAUGACCCUCACAGCUUACCUUACUCUGAUCAGGAGUCUAACACCUACCAAACCCGCAAGAAAUACACCAUGCCCCUUCAGAAGGAGGACACCAAAACCACCAGAGUGACCCAGGCCUUGAGUCGUGCCAACAGCUUGUCAGCUCCAAGACCCACCAGGGCAUCCAUGCUGCGUCGCGCUCGCUUGGGAGAGGCCUCAGACAACGAGGGCACGGAGACGGAAAGGCUGUCACAGGAGGUGGGCAGCAUCUCCACUAAACAGCCCCAGGAAACCAAGAAACUGUCCAGGCUGGAUAUGCUGGCGAUGCCUCGUAAGCGGACGAGCUCGUUCAACACGCCCAGCGACACCGAGACCUCCUCCACCCCGCAGUGGGUGGGCAAAAACACAGGAUUCUCCAACCGCAGCACAGAGUCCGGCGGCACCUCCGUUCGAAGGGCCUCCGCUCCGGGACAGAAACCUGUAGAAAGGCCGCAGAAAGCACCGCUCUGCAGGACCCCACUCACCCGUGGACGUUCAAGCAGCGCCAAAUACGCCAGCAGCACAGCAAGCUCCAGGAGGCGACAGAAAGGCUCUGACUAUACCUCUACCUCAGAUGAGGAGUACGACUCAAACCAGAGCACCCCUAAACACAAACGCUCCCAACCUUCCUCAGCUUCCCACAGCCCACGCAGUCAGGCUCGGCCCCAGCCGGUGGUCGCCCUGCGUCCAAAGCCCCGCGGCAGAGAUUCUGAGGAGGAGAGCCAUGAGGGAGACGCCUACCACAGCUGGUCCUCUCACAGUGCUGAGAUUGCCCGAUUGAGCCAAGACCUGGCUAAAGACCUGGCUAUCUUGGCCAGAGAGAUCCAUGACGUGGCAGGUGAUGGUGAUCCACAGAACCCUGGAGCGGAGAGCAGCGCACCCGUCUCCACAGUGACCGCUCACGAACAGCUGGUUCAGCGUAUCCCAGAGGCUGGAUUAAACUACCAGAGAGUCCCACCAUGUUCUGCAUCUGCAAGGGAACCUGACCAGAGCUCCAGUGACCACGAACAGAGCUCCAUGCAGCGAGCUCGGAGCAGAGACGAGGUCAUUGUAGACAAUCUGAUGCUGAAUCCAGUGUCUCAGAUCAUCGUGGCCAUCAGAGAAAACACUGAGCAACUUGCUGACAAGAUUAAGGUACUGUUCCAGGACAAAGUGGAUAUCUGGGAAGAAAUCGAGGCAAAGGUUAAUUCUGACAAUGACGUACCUGUUGUCAAAACCUCUAACAAGGAAAUCACCUCAAUUUUGAAAGAACUUAGGAGAGUUCAGCGACAACUUGAGGUCAUUAACACAGUCAUGGAUCCCAGUGGGCAGCCUGAGGCAUCCAAGUCCUCAGCCUCGGACUUCUCGUCCUCGUCUGGAGUUCGGCCCUCCAGAACGCCUUCAUCGCGGGACUGGAGAACAGUCCACUCUGUCUCUAAGCGAGGCGGGGGCCCGAGGCCCGGUGAGAGCGUCAGGAGAGCAGCUGUGACGCCAGACGAUCUCAGAGAGGGAUAUUUGGUCUGAGGUCUGACACAAACACACGUCGCUGAACUUCUGCUGUAACCCCACACACGCAGGUGUCGGACCACUGUGUGCAGAAUGAAACCAAGAAGAGGGGGGAAGUGAGACUGAAUACACGCAACUGUACCCUCCUGCACAUCCAGACGUACACACUACUGCACUAUGAGCACUUCACAGCUACACAGUGAAGCCUGCCCUACACACCCUUAAAUACAUUCAGCGGCAGGCCUACGCAUGAGGUGAGGAAGUACCAUAAUACUCCUCUGAAACUCCUCAAAACUAUACUUGAUUGUUUUUGUUAGAGAUUGUCCUCCUUAUUUACCAAUGAUAUGACCAACAUUUCUGAUUUUAAAAGCUCGUCGUGAUUACUUGGCAUAAUUUAAAACCAGCCUGAGCUUAAUCAACUCAGGGAAAUGUAUUAACAAAUCGGAUUUUUGUGUUUAGGGAUAAAUAACAUUUUGAAUUUUCUCAGUAAAUUUUUACAUACAUAUUUUUUUUCCUUGGUUUUGUCUUUGUUUGCCGCUUUUCUCUCUGUGGAACAGAUUUAUGGAAGAAUGUAAAAAGUAUUUAUUAGCGGUCUUUUGUGAGACACUGGUAUUUUGUAACCAAGACAACAAUGGCUUUGGGAGAGAGCUGGUAGACUCUAGUGCCAGACCAAUUCAUCUUACAUUACACAGAUGCUACCAGCCAAUUUCUUGUGUAUUUCUUGUGUUAUUUCACAGUGGAGCGGCUGUGUCCAGGCCCCCUUCAGUACAUUGACAUGAUCUGUUUUGCCCAGCUGGAGGUGAAAAUCCCUCUGGAAUGUGUAUCCAAAUGGAUGUUGUGGCUGAGUCCAUGGUUUAGUCACCUGGCAACCACAAACCCAUGUGGCUAUAAAACACUAGUAGCCCAUUUUCAAGCUUUCCUGCUCUUCUUCCUUCUGAAAAGUGAGUUUUUACUUGCGUUAAACACAGUCGGGGGCUUGAAACUUCCUUUCUUUUGUGUGUGCCUGUGCCUGUGUCUGUGUCUGUGUCUGUGUGUGUGUGUGUGUGUGUGUGUGUGUGUGUGUGUGUGUGUGUUUUGUCUCCCAUGCCUGAAGAGCACAGUUACCUCUGAGGGUUUGACAAUCAUAAAACGACUGACAGGAACGAGUCUCCCUUAUCUUUGUUUGUACUGAGCUCAUCCCACUACACCUAAACCUCCACGUUGGUGUCCUACACUAAGAGCUCAGUUUCUCGGGUCACAAAGUCACGUCUGAUGUGUCCUCACAUGACAGGAGAAGAAAUGUAAUUUUAGCAUAUAACAAGUUGUGUGAAACUGUAAAUCAGAUUAUUAGUUUGUGACAUCCUGUUGUUCAGUGUGUAAAUAUCUAAAGAUAUAUAUGUAUAUAUAUGUCCUACAAAUUACCUCUCAAUCCUGUCUUUUGCACUAAUGUAGUACAGAAUUAUCCCUUCGACCUGAUAUGCUGCAAAAGCUGAAAGCCUUUUACUCUCCUGUGACAGACUGUAAGCAUUUGAUGCUGUAGGAGUUAAAGCAGGGAAAGAGGCCUCUCAGCACACCAGCACGUUUUUGUUUCCCUCUUCCCAGUCCAGGCUGUACAUGUGAUUGUGAUUGGGAAGUACCUAUAAGUGCCACAGAGCUGUGUGUGGGAUGAUGUUUCAUUCAGCCAAGUACGGUGGUUGUUUACAAAUUCGAGCAAAAGCUGAAUGUUUUGUCUUUUCUUGCUCAAAGAAUUGCUGCUAUUCGUCAUCUGUGGGAUUGUAUUUCCCCCCUUUGCUUUACUUCAUCUAAGCCACAGAAAGCCAGAGAGCUGAAGUUUAAAUCUUGUGUCCCAUUUUUUGAUAUUCAGUUUCUGCCCCCCCCCCCCCCCCCCCUCCUUUCCUCUUCCUUUUCUCCCCCCCUGAAUGAUUUGGUUGUAAUCUUGCUGUCUUGUUAGCUGGUAUUCAUGUUUGGUCAUUUGUUUAAUUUGUUAGAUGGUGAUUCCAAGUUUUGUUUUUUCAAAUAAAUUUAACUAGCAACGCU